CUUUCUCUUGUUUUUAGACUGUAUCAUCUGUGUAUCCAAAAAAAAAAUGGCACUCGCAAACAAGAAGGUGGAGAAGCUCGAUCGCUCUGACGAGUAUCAAAAGAUAUUCCACUGGGCGGAGACUCAGAAAGACGGAACUGUACCUUCCUUCGCAACCCGUAAGAACGAUCCUUACGAGUAUCAAGCCGGGUUCAACAACCAUUUCGAGUCAGAGGCUGUGCCUGGUACUAUCCCUCGCGGCCAGAAUAGCCCGCGAUGCGUGCGAUUCGGUCUGUACGCAGAACAAAUGACUGCCUCUGCCUUUGUUGCACCAAGACACCUGAACAAGAAUGCUUGGCUCUACAGAUCGCGACCAGCAGUCGCACACCAGGGGUUUACCAACUUGCCUGAUAACUCAAAUACGGAAGCCAACUUUCUUCCUAUCAACCCACGCGUCCAUGUUUCGCCAACUCAACUUGCUUGGCUGCCCUUUGAUGUUGCCGAAACGAAGCAUGACUUUGUCGAGGGGCUUUGCAGCAUUGCCGGAUCUGGCGACCCAACAUUGAGGGAGGGCCUGGCAACACACGUCUUUACUGCCAACGUCUCAAUGGAGAACAAAGCAUUUGUCAACUCUGAUGGCGACUUUUUGAUCGUCGCUCAACAGGGCGCACUGGACAUUCAAACCGAGUUCGGAAAAUUGUACGUCCAGCCAGGUGAGAUCUGCGUAAUUCAAAGGGGUCAACGCUUCAAGGUUCGUGUGGAAGGGCCAACCAGAGGCUAUAUCCUCGAGAUUUGGGGUGCCAACUUUGAGCUGCCAGAACUUGGGGCAAUCGGCGCCAACGGAUUGGCCAACGCCAGAGACUUCUUGAGCCCUGUUGCGUACUACACAGUCACAAAAGACGACCCUUGGAAGAUCGUGUACAAGCUUGGUGGCAAGUUUUUCGAAAGCAAGCAAAACCAUUGUCCUUUCGAUGUGGUCGCCUGGCAUGGCAACUAUGUACCCUACAAGUACGAUCUCACCAAAUUUGUCAACAUUGGAAGCAUCAGUGUUGAUCACAUCGACCCUUCCAUCUUCUGCGUCUUGACGGCACGCUCGCGCGACCCAGCAGCACCUCUGGCCGACUUUCUUAUCUUUUCUCCUCGUUGGGACGUAGCCUCAAACACGUACCGUCCUCCAUACUACCACCGCAACGUCGCUUCCGAGUUGAUGGGUCUCAUCUACGGUGAGUAUGCCGGCCGCAGCGACGAGUUCCAACCGGGUGGCGUCAGUUUCGAAUGCGGAAUGGUUCCUCACGGUGUAGCGUAUCAAGAGUUCAAGGCCGCCUCUGCGCAGCCUCCUCCAGAGAUGCGCAUCUCAGAGGGUGCAGUAGCCUUCAUGUUUGAGAGCUCUAGGCCCUUCACCAUCACCGAUUGGGCCAUGAAGAGCGACAAGAUUCACGAGCAUGAUCCGGCUAUGUGGGAUGAUUUGGUAGACAACUUCUCGGAGCAUAAGGAUGAGGUUGACGAGAUCUUGGAGAAAGCGGGGAAGCUAAGCUUGUAGGCGUAUGCAUUCUUCGAUGACCGAUUGGUUGAUGAUGCACUUGUCAGUCGAUAGAUCAUUUACUUGCCUGCUUUUGCAUGUGAAGAAGUUCAUUUUUCCUUAGCAAAUCUAAGCUCGUAUUCCCGACCAUGUAGUCCUAUUGUGCGCUAGGUAGAUUCGAAACAGAGUAGGUGACACUUUGAUAGGUGCUCGUCUAUUCGGCUCUGAAACCAGGUCUCUUGCCAACUGUGACAGGUUUUGUCCUCUCUCUUGUGCAUGGUGUUGCUUUUCCAACGCGCAUCAUGCAUGAUGGCGUUCGUCAUGGCAUGUCGAUUUUCGUAUCACAUAUGCUCAUUUUGCUUGAGUACUCAGCCCCUUGGCCAUGUGACAAGGCGAUCCAAAAGCGGCCGCGUUUCCACGCCCACAU